AUGCCUAGCUCUACGACAGUCGUGUUUUGGUUAUUACUUAUUUUUGCCGUAUCUAUUGAGCUGUUUCGUCCUUCUUCCAUGACUGAUUCAACUUCAUCUCCUGUGAAGGGCCCGUGGGCUGACGGCCCGAUUGCCCUAAUUCAAACACCGCAAUUUGCGACGAAGAAGGAUGAUAUCUUCACACUUGGCGCAACCCAUAUGGCGCAUAUUCACAAUGCAAUCAUAAGAGGCUACAAUUCCAUCUAUCUACAAGCACCAUACGUGAAGGAAGUCGAUAAACCCGCCUUUGUGGGCUAUGCGAUGACUUGGUAUCGCUUUGUGAAGAGCCACCAUGACGACGAAGAGGCGGAACUGUUCCCCACAGUUGAGGGAGUUCUGGGCACGAAGGGCAUUUGGGAGGAGACACAUCAUGAGCACGAGUCUUUCCUAGCCGGUCUAGCCGAGUAUGAAGCCUACCUUUCCAACCUCCCAUCACCUUCCGCCUUCUCCGGAGUCGAACUUUGCAAAAUCAUGUCCUCUUUCCAAGAACCCUUCGCCCACCAUUUCCAUCACGAAAUCACAACAAUCGCCUCCUUUGCCAAGCUUCCAGCUGCUCCUCCACCGAAUUCCCCUCAAGCCCAGCAAGCUGCUCUUGUUUUCAAAUCUUGGGGCAAGAAGACUGUCACCAAAGCCGGUACCUAUGACGUCGUACCAUUCUUCCUUUUGAACUUGGAUGCAAGUUACGAGGAAAAUAGCUGGGCCAAUUGGCCACCUAUGCCUGCGCCGGUGAGAUGGGGGUUGAUCAACGUGGCAGGUGCUGUCCACUGGGGAUGGUGGAAGUUCGCGAGCUGUGAUGCGCAGGGAGUGCCGAGGGAAUUGUUUGCGCUGGCGGAUGAAGAGAGUACAGAAGAAAGAUAA